GACGGCUGCGUCAGCAACACAAUAAUAAAGAUGGAGAACCCGCCCGACUUUUACCGGAUCAUGUCUCUCCGUCUGUCCAGGGCGUUAAGCGACAUUGGCGUCAACAGGUGGAUGGUGAGGAGAAGAAGGAGAACUUUCCUCAUGUUAGAGGCGAGCCAGACGAUCAAUGAUAAACUACGAGCACCUCUUGAUGCUACCACUUUCAAUUUCGGGAGUCAGUCAGAGGGAACAACUACACCAGGACUAAACUCCGAUAUUGACCAAUUAAUCAGCUUAAACGACUUCAACAUCAUGUCAUCCUGGUCUGAAUGGGAAGCCGGGAAACUAAACAUUCUGAUGGUGAAGGAGGAGACGUGCUCUCCACAACAUUAUCUUCUACAGGUGAUUAGACAUGACUCACCUGAACCUGUCAUACAUUCAAGUGGUGUAUUCCAUGUAGUUGACAGUAAAGGCCGUGUAUUAUUUGUCAACACAUACGCCGGAAUUUUCGCCAAAAAUCAAGCAAUAGAAAAUAACAUGCCUCACUACUCUAGUGGCCCAUCUCAUAGCCUUAAUAAAAUGUAUGACCAUGUGCUCGCGCAUUGGUGCAGGUCACUUCCGCUAGAAUGCCACGGGUGGUUUGAACGACCGAGGCCCGGACACUGGCCGACACCGGAACUGUUAAGAGAUGUAAAGGAGUGUGGGUGUUUUCUUGUUCCUGAUGGAUACUUUGACAGCCGUGUCAAAUAUGUUGAGUGGAGAAUUUCUCCUAGUCUUAUUGAGAGAACACUGAUGUUUAGCAUGAAAACAGUACAGCUUAAAUGUUAUGUGGUUCUGAAGAUUCUAAAAUCACACGUCGUCAACCCCCUUUUAGAUAAUGAAGGAAAACUGACAAGUUUUCACUGCAAAACUGCCCUGCUUUUCGCCGCGGAAAGGUUGCCGUCCGAAAUGUGGAGAGAAAAUCGCUUGAUGGAAUGUAUUGUGUAUUGUUUGAAAUUGUUGCUUGGUUGGACGAAAACCGGUAUGUGCCCUCACUACAUUGUAGCAGGCGUGAAUCUUUUUCAUGGAAAAUUUACAAGUCGGCAGUUAGCAAAUCUUUCUAAGAUCCUUUCAAAUAUCAUUGACACUCACUUAAUAGUACUCGCGUACAUACAAGCAGACGACAUGGGCAACCGGAUGUUCAGCACAACUAUCAGAACUGUUCGCUACAGUGAAACGUGUUACAUAUCGACAAACACUAGUUUAUGUAGAUGGCUAAAUGUCUUUGCUCACCACAGAAUAAAUAAAUGUUUUCAGAUUAUUCUGUCUAUGAAGUCUGAUUUGAAGCCUGUAUAUAUGAUUUCAUAUUUCGGCCUAUAUCUUAAAAUAAUACGUACAUAUGUUCAUGGGCUGCCGUUUCCAUUAAGAGAACACACUUUUGACUAUAUUUUUAAACAAGUUCAGAGUGUUUCAGCAUCCACUGCUGCAUCAUGUUGCAUACGGAAUGGUUGUGUUGUUCCGAGAUAUAUACUGUCUCUGUUCGAAAGUUCCCUAGAUACGGAUGUGGCGUCAUCAAGACUGAAGUUGGCUUCUUUUCUCCUCUGUCAUAAUGAGCUUGAAAGAGCAGCGGACGUUCUGAAUGAUGUUCAACGUAGAUAUGACGACAGCGUGCAAGCCGUAUGUGCAUGUGGAAGAAUGGAUCCUUUAAAUACAAAACAUCACAAACCACUGUGCACUACCAGUGUUGUUAAUAACGAUGACGUGUUAUUAACAAACAAAACGGCACUAUGUGUUCGCUACUUGAGACAGGAGGCGUUCUGUGCACCACCGAUAUUACACUACGAGAUGGUGAGGGGAAUAGGCGAGGAUAUCAAUCAUAGGGAUGAUAUUGAGCGUGAUUGGAUGAACUGGGCCGUCGUGGACUCACUGCCUUACCUCUACUACCUGCAGUACCUGACUUUCCGUGAUCUCGGCCAGCGAGGAAGACAACGUCAGUCUGUAUUGAACUUAAUUAACUGCUAUCGUGACGCCAACCGUUGUUAUCAUCUCUUCCACCCGGAGACCUGUGUCAACCUGAUAGGGCACUGCAUGGAGAUGGAGGGCCAACCGGAGAUGGCGUUACGACUGUACAGGCAGUCCGUCGGCCGUUUGACUAGGAACAACGCGGCGCAUUGGCAUAUUUACAGACUUGAUCAUGGCCACCAGAUUUAGAUAGAACAAUAAAGAAGGAAAACUUAAUAACAAAUUAAUUUAAUCAUGUUUUCAUGAAAUGAUUAGGAUAGUUUAUUAUUAUCAUUAUUGUCAUUAUUGUCAUAAUUAUUAUUAUUGUUAUUAUAGUUAUUAUUAUUAUUAUUAUUAUUAUUAUUAUUAUUAUUAUUAUUAUUAUUAUUAUUAUUGUCAUAUAAGAUUGGCUUUGUCUUAUAUCUCAUAAAUUAAAGUAUGUUCG